GGGCUUUCUCUUUCUCUUUCCUUUCCCCUCUUCUUCUUCUCUUCUUCCCAGACAUCGCGAACCAACGCAAGCAUCGACGGAGAUUUCUCCGGGCGGCUAGGGUUUCCGCACACCCCGACGGAGCCGCGCGCGCACGAGGUACCCCUCCUCGGCGACGAAUGCGGUGAUGGACCCUCGGUCGCCGGCCCCGUUCAGUCCACCAGGUUUUGCGGUGCCGCUCGCGGUCAAGAAGCGGCAGACGGCGGCGGGAUAUGGCAGCAGCAACCCGUGGGGAGUCCCUCCGGCGCCGCAGUCCAACGCGCGCAAUGGCCUCAGCGGCGACACCAGCAUCUUCUCCACCUCGCUGCCUGUUCUUCCGCAUGAAAAAUUAAUCUCUCCUGAUUCUGCGCAUGCCACACCUCUGGUGAUGGACGACGCCUCUGCAAAGCUCAAGGACUUCGACCAUGAUCCUCUAGGGAACGAUGACUACAAGUUUGACUUUGAUCUCCGGCAAAUCGACGACUUGCUGCCUGAUGAAGACGACCUUUUCGCGGGGAUCACAAACGAGAUCGAGCCGUCGGCUGCGCAGCCAAACAACCCUGCCGAGGAGCUGGAGGAGUUUGAUGUGUUUGGCAGCGGAGGGGGCAUGGAGCUCGACUCGGACCCUCUGGAGAGCAUCACGUCUGGUCUGGGGAACACCAGCAUCGGGGAUGGGCUCAGAGGCAGCAAUGGGGUCAACAACAAUUUCGGCCUCUCAAACAGUCCUGGGGCUGUGGCUGGGGAGCAUCCCUUUGGGGAGCACCCUUCAAGGACAUUGUUUGUCAGGAACAUUAAUAGCAAUGUUGAGGACUCCGAGCUGCGCUCUCUGUUUGAGCAAUUUGGGGAUAUUCGAACCCUUUACACUGCAACAAAGCAUAGGGGCUUUGUAAUGAUAUCUUAUUUCGAUAUCCGAGCUGCUCGUGGUGCAAUGCGUUCAUUGCAGAAUAAGCCUCUGAGGAGGAGAAAGCUGGACAUACAUUUUUCUAUCCCAAAGGAGAAUCCAUCCGACAAAGAUUUAAACCAGGGAACUCUUGUUAUUUUCAACUUAGAUCCAUCUGUUUCUAAUGAAGAAGUUCGCCAAAUUUUCGGAGCAUAUGGUGAAGUAAAGGAGAUAAGAGAGACGCCUAACAAAAAACACCAUAAGUUUAUUGAGUUCUAUGAUGUGAGGGCAGCAGAAGCUGCUCUUCGGUCACUGAAUAAGAGCGAGAUUGCUGGAAAACGCAUCAAAUUGGAGCCAAGUCGCCCUGGUGGAACACGCAGAAGCUUGGUGCAACAGCUUGGUCAUGAACUUGAACAAGAUGAACCCAGAGGAUAUAGGAAUCCUCAUGUUGGAUCGCCUAUGGCUAAUUCUCCUCCUGGCGUAUGGACUCAAUAUGGUAGUCCAACCGAUAGCAAUUUGUUGCAAGCAUUUAACAAUUCACCUACUGGAAAUGGAAUGAGCCCUAUUGGAAUCUCCCCUUCAAUGAUGUCAAAUGCUAUGAAGAUUGCACCCAUCGGGAAGGAUAGCAACUGGUCUAAAUAUGAUCAAGUAUUCUCAAACAGCAACCACUCCCUUGGUGCUGCAUUUCAGCAUUCCCAGUCAUAUCAAGAUCACAAAAGUGAGCAUAUGAGCUCAAGUCCUGGGACUUUAACAGGGCCUGAGUUUCUGUGGGGCAGCCCAAAGCCUUAUCCGGAACAUUCUCAACCCUCAAUGUGGCGUCCACCAUCAAUUGGUCAUGCAAUGUCAUCUAGUAGCCGCCCUCAGGGUCAAGGCUUCUUGUAUGGUAGUCGCCAGGCUUCAUUGUUUGGAUCGUCAGAUCAAAACCGUCAUCAUGUUGGGUCUGCCCCUUCAGGUGCUCCAUUCGAGAGUCACUUUGGAUUUUUACCUGAAUCGCCCGAGACGUCUUUUAUGAAUCAAGUUAGGUUUGGGAAUAUUGGGAACAUUGGUACUAACCGAAAUGGGGGAGGCCUCAUGAUGAACAUGGCUUCUCGUGCUUCUCUAAAUCCUGUUUCUUCUCUAAGUGGAAGCCUGUCAGAUAAUAACUCAGCUAACUUCAGGCCAAUACUGUCAUCACCAAGGUUGAGCCAACCUUUCUUUGGGAAUCCUACAUAUCAAGGGCCUGGUUAUUUCGGACUUGACAGCUCAAUGGACCGUGGCCGUAACCGCCGGGUUGACAGCAGCGUGUUCCAAGCAGAUAGCAAAAAGCAGUAUCAGCUUGAUUUGGAGAAGAUCCGUAAAGGGGAGGAUACUCGGACAACAUUGAUGAUUAAAAACAUUCCAAACAAGUACACAUCUAAAAUGCUUUUAGCUGCAAUCGAUGAGCUCCACAAAGGAACAUAUGACUUCUUCUACCUGCCAAUUGAUUUCAAGAACAAAUGCAAUGUCGGCUAUGCGUUCAUUAACAUGAUAUCCCCUGUGCACAUUAUAUCUUUCUACCAGGCGUUCAAUGGGAAGAAAUGGGAGAAGUUUAACAGCGAGAAAGUAGCCUCAUUGGCUUAUGGUAGGAUACAGGGAAGGAACGCACUUAUCUCACAUUUUCAGAAUUCAAGUUUGAUGAACGAGGACAAGAGAUGCCGCCCCAUUCUUUUCCAUUCCAAUGGGCCAGAGACUGGAAACCAGGAACCAUUUCCCAACGGGAUCUGCAUCCACAUGCCUCUGGAUGGCGGGGCAGUUGCCAGCAGGGAGCCCCUCGGCUACGAAGAGGAUGAUAAUCCCAACGACAAGAUGGCCGGAGAGAGUUCCAUGAUGGGAAGUUUGUAGAGUAACCAACCAGCAGGCCCGGAGUCGCCAUAAUGUCUAACUGUCGAUGACAAGGACGGUAUCCAUCCCAAAUUGUAUAAAAAGUGAGGAAGAUGAUUGGUUUAGUGCAGGAAGGAUUCCUGGCGUGGCGCAUCUACUGGUUUUUGUCGCAACAGAUGUCGCCUUUGACCCCCCUCUGUACAGAUAGAUGUGUGGGGAGUUGAUGAUGAUGAUGACUGGAUGAUGAUGCUUUUGGUUUGGUUUCUGUAAAGAACAAAAAUUGUACAGUUCGGAAGAGACUUGUGUUAGUUCUUCAUGUUCAAUUUCUGUAUGGUUGAAACUUCUAAGACAGACCUGAUGACAGUGGUAAUAUAAAAUGUCCACAUUGUGAGUGCUUC